AUGUUCAGGACAAACUUAGAACUGAAAGAGAUUGAAAACGCGCUUGUGAAUUUAACAGAAAAUUCAGAGGCCAUAAAAUCUAUUCAAAAACAAUUGGAUAGUUUUCAAAUGAAAAAUGAACAUUUAAAAGCAGCUCGAUGUUUAGCUAAUUUUAAAGAUUUCGAUCAUAGACUUACAAAGGCAAUUGAUGCAAAGAAAAAACAACUUGGUGAGGAAUUAUCACAGCUAAGGUCAAAAUUACCACGGCGUAAUGAACAUAUUGAUGAACUUCGAAAACAGCAUGCUAAUAAAAUACCGUCAGCAUCAGUCGUUGUAAGGAAUGCUAUUAGAAAUGAUAAUAGCCGUUCAUCAUCUCCUUCUUCAGAAGAACGUACUUCCAAUGUAUCUGAAGAAGACAAAGAAAUGGAUAAUUUAUUGAAAUUGCAGCAUAUGGCCGAAAUGCUGAAUGAUAGUGAGGCACAUCAAGAAGAGCUUCGUAAGUUAGAUAGAUUAGAAAAACUCAAGAUUUGGAGUAAAGGUCGAUCACAGCAUCAAGGUUCUGCAAGACAUUAUUAUGUGAAAGAUAAGGAAGUUUCAGCACAAUAUGAACAUGCAAAACUUUUGAUUUUACCAAUGAUAAUAAUAAAGAAAUUCCGCUUGUCAUAUGAAUGUAAAUGCAAGCAAGAAGUCAG